AUGUUGCACAAGACCAUUGGAGCAUCCCUGCAAGACCCGCGGCGGAUAAUCAUAGUGGACUACUGCUUGAUGGCAUUUGUGACGGCCCUUCCCAUCUACGAAUGCAUAACGUCAUUCGCGCGAGAAGUCGAAAUCAUGUGGAGUAAUGGAUUUCGACCCAAGUCUACUAUCGUCUUCUAUCUCAAUCGAUUCGCCAUGCUGAACAUGGCUGUCAUGAAUUUGUUGGGGACUCUGAAGUGGCACGCGAAGGCUCCACGAGGAAACAUGUUUACUGACUGUAGAACAUUGUUCAUCUGUAAUUCUGCUAUGGGCGGCGACUAA